AUGCCGCCCAAACCCGGCGCCCCGCUGCCCAACACCGCACUAAUACCGCACACGCCGUCGACGCGCCGCCUGCUGUCGCGGCUCACAAAAGACCUGCUUUUAGAGCUGGUGCUGUCCUCGUGGCUGGACCCGGCAAAGACCGAGACCUACCAGCCGAACUUCGCGCCCGUCGAGGACGAAGACGACGACGACGACGAGGACGACGACGAAGAGGGGGGGCGAGGCAUCGAGAAGGCCAGAGAGGCGUAUGAGGCCAUGAAGCGCCGCGCCGUGAAGGGCAAAGAGGUUGUCGAGCGCGUGGUAGAGCGCGAAUGGCGGGACGGGCUGAACCUACUACAGAUCGCGGAGCUGGACUACUCCUACCUGCUCUCCCACCCCGCAACCCACAAAUGGACCGCCUCGACCCUGCACCCACUCAACCGCCCCACCCCCCACACGCCCCCCCCAACCCCCCGCUUCCACGCCCCCACCUUCACCUCCGCCCUCGCCGCCACCCUCCGCCCCCUCGUCAGCACCCACACCUUCCUGACCCGCCACCCCACGCUCCCGCUGCACCUCCUGCGCCUGCAGCUGCACCCGCACCCGCCCACGCCCCCGCUGGCGCUGCCGCCGCCGAAGCGCAUCUUCUGGCUUGCCUUCCCGACGGCGGCCCCGGGCUACGUGUACCACAACAUCCCCGCGGGGGGCGGCGACGGGCUGCGCGACGUCGUGCGCGAGAGCGUUGCGGCCGCGGUGUCGCGGGAGCAUGGGCGGUUUGAGUUACGGGCGAGCGCGAUGUGUGCCAGGACGCUUGAGGCGCUGUGUUUUUACCGGGGCGGGGGAGGGGGGGAGGGGGGCAUGGUGGGGGUGUGGAGUGUGUAUGCGGAGGGGGUGGAGGGGGGGCCGUUGGAUGUUUUGGGGGCGAAGCGGGGGGUGGAGGUGGUGCAGGGGGAGAAGGGGGGGGAGGAGGAGAAGAGGCGGAGGGUUGCGGAGGGGAGGUUUGGUGGCGGGGCGAGGGUGGGCGAUGGGAGGGGGUUGGAGAGCGUGGAGUUUGUGGUGGAGGAUGUGUUUCCCGGGGAUGGGGAGGAGGGGGAGGAGGAGGAGUGGAGGCCGAGUGUGGGUGUCAAGUUGGAGGGCGCGCAUGUGUUUGCGGGGGUGAGGAGCUUGGUGGAGGCCGGAGUGGUGUUUGAUGGUGUGAAGAUGCCGGGGUGGAUGACGGGCGAGGGGGGGGUGAGCUUUGGGAUGGUGAGGGAUGGGGUGCUGGUGAAGAGGAGGAAGUAG